UUACCACUAUCUCGGUUACAGUUCUGAAGAAACGCGGACGGGGGUGGAAGAAGAAGCGGAAUGACUAGCAUACGAAGGCUUUUAUCUCCUAUAAAAACUUCUGCAUUCUCGAUUUCUCUCCUUUCUCCCCCCUUUUCUGUUUUAAGAAAUCCCUUUCGUGGAAGAUCAGGACUGGUGAAGAUUUUACCGAAACAUGCUUACCCUGAGUCAGAAACUCAUGUCCUGGCAUUUGGGAGGAUACUGCAGAAGAAAGCUUGGCGUAUCUCGAACCUAUCAGGCCAGAAGUUAUUUGUGGGAAGCUUUCUUGGUUUCUCAGUUGCCACUGGGUUGACCUAUCAGUUUACAAAUAGCAUCUAUGCUAUGGACGACAAUUAUGCUGAGACGGUGGAGCCAUCGGGAUUCUUGAAGGAUGAUCUCCAUGCCUUCUGGUCUUUAGCAAGGAAAUUUCAGUUGCCUGUUGUUUUACUUGUUACAGUACUUUUGGGAUGGAGGCAUCCAUUCGCACUAGCUAUAAAUGUUGGACUUCUACUUUUUUGCACGAGGCCCAACCCAUUCUCAAUUUAUAUGUUUGUUGAGCAGCUGCGCCAAAGAGAGAUGCGUCGGGACCCUAGUCUACAAAAGGCAAAGUUUCUGUAUGUGAAGAAAGUUGAAGUGGAGGAUUACAAGAUACUAUGCAUGGCCAGAGUAGAAUUGAGAGAUAUGAAGCUGGAUGUGAUUGGAAUUCUGGGUGGCUGGUGGGUUUUCCAGACAUCACCUGCACACAGUACUGGAUUCUACCAUGACCCUAAUGAUGGAUGGUAUUACAGCAGCAGAGAUGGUCUUUAUUACAGGUUUGAGAAUGGAACUUACGUUCUUAUUACCUGUGCUGAGGAAGAAAAACUCGCAGCUCCUACAUGCACUGGGUCUGUCUCAAGUGAACCUACAUUUGAUUCAUGCAAUGGAACUAAAAAUGAGCUGCCACCAUCACAGUGGAUUGAGGAGACGCUGAUUGACCUUUAUUUAUCAGGAUAUAAUAACAAUUCAGAUUCUAACCCUGACAGCUUAACGGAUCAUAUGACAAAUGAACAGGGUUGUCAGGUCCAGUGUGAGGGACUAAUUGAUUAUUUAGCUUUAGAUGGCCCAUUUGGCAGUCAAAAUGGUACUGAGAAUCUGCAAAACAACGAACCGACCUCAGACGAUGAACAUGGCAUGGAUGUGUUAACUCACAUAAUCUCAAGCAAAGAAGAGGAAAACUGGCAUGCACAGUAUGGCCAGGUCACCUGUAGAGCCGAUGAUGAUUUGCCACCUUUCUUUGUAGUAGAUCUGUGGGACUGGGAAAUGAUUAUGGAAACUGUAAAGAACAGUUAUGUGUCAAGGUUGAUGGGAAGGGUGACCAAACGUUCUAGUAAACUACAUCCUUCUAUCCCUGCUAACGGGAGUCUUCUGAAAACUGCUGCCAUUCGAGAGGUUCAUCUGGAUUUUGUUCGCGUUGAAUCAGGGAGAGUUUACAGAUUGCGGAGUCCUAGUAUAAAGUAUUUAGUUUCAUUAUCAACAUAUGAUUCUUCCAAUCCGACAAAAGAUUGGGACUUCCCUGAUUUUUUUUCCUCCAACUAUGAAUAUACUCCAGUUAGUCAUGAUCAAGACUACAACUUAGCUGGGGCUGUUUAUGCAAAUUCUUCCAGUACUAUUGACGAAAUGCCUUCAAUGGCUAAAAUGAAAACCGGUUCAGAGUACAGAGAUAGAGCUGCCGAGAGGAGGGCCUUACAUGGUGGUUUCGGUACAGGUUUGGGAGAAAAGAGUUUCCUUGAUGAUGAUUAUAUUUCCGGAGAAUCUCGAACACCAGAGACAAAUGGGAUUCUAAAUGAAGCUAUAAAUGCCUCAUUCGGACCCGGAAGUUGUGCCAGAAAAAUUCUCGAAGGCAUGGGAUGGAAACAUGGCGAGUCUCUCGGGAGCUCCAACAAGGGCAUUUUAGAGCCCCUGUGUCCUGUUGGUAAUAAAGGCUAUUCUGGUUUAGGGUGGAAUCAUGCUCGUGGUGAGAACUGAUAAAACAGCCAUAUUUUACUUUUGGGUUCAUUCUCUGAAGACUAGAUUCCUGAAUUUUAAACUACCUUCUGGUUUCAUAUAUGAUGGCAUCUUGAUUCCAGUUUGAGGGUUUUAUAAGAUGAGUAUUUUGAACUCCAUUUUAUUGGAUCUGUUGGAGGGAGAGCCAAAUUCCCUAUCCUAGCCACCGAUCCUCCCUCCAGAGCCGCCGGACUCUCUUCAUGCCAUCCUCCUUGCAGAAAAAGAGGGACAUCGUAUCCCCCCUCUCAAGCAUUCUUCGCUUUGUCGCCGUGUUCUCCUUGGAGAUGGUGGAGGCUAAUGACGGCGAACCACGAAAAAAUAAAAGUUUCCAGCCGCAAGAGAAGCAUUUUUGUCCAAGAUGGAGGGAGUAGGAGGUGGGAGGACCUGAGUAGCAACCUCUGGGUUGUGUUUUUCUUGUGGAUCGGAGCCGCAAAUCUUAUAGCUGGUGUGCCAUAUGUGUGCUCAACGUGAUGGUACGCUGCGUGGGAUCCAUUUUCCUGGCAUGUGCUCGACUUCCGGGGUUUGAAUGAUAUUUCUCAACGUCUCGGUUGUUGGCGCGAUGAAGCCGUUGACUUUGCCAUUCUCUUCAAUUUCGACAUCGCCUAAAGUGAGGAUGUCAUCGAUUAUGUCUACUUCCCAUUCUAUUCCAACGAGAUUUAUCUUGAAUAUGUCGCAAACAUGUGUCCAAUGUUUCAAUAUUUCAACAUGAAGAAUCCUAAUGUAUUUGAAUUUGAAUUUUGCAAGGCCAUUUGCAAAAUUGAAUUUUUUAAGGGAAUGGCUAUGGAUGAGAGCU